AUUAAUUGGGUGUGAUCACUAAGUUAUCUUUUUGUUUGUCUUGCAUUGUUAUUAAUUUUUCAAACAGCGAAAUUGCAGUCGAAUUAUAAUGGAUAUAAGUGCGGAUGUGGAUCAGAUUAUAGCCCAGGCUCCAGACUGGAACUUUGCGGGCGAUUGCGCUCUCCUAGCGCUGAUGAAGCGCAUUUCCCAGAAUCUUCAGGAAAGGGGCGAAAAGACCAGUAGAAAUUUAAGGAACUUUGAGAAGAGUGUAAAGCAAGUGGAUAUAUCCUUGAACAAUGCCACCAACAGCCUGCGAUCCCUACAAUUUGGAAAUCAAUUUGUGGAGUAUCGGGUCGAGGAAGUGGAUGACGCCGACUUGGCCAUGCCCGAAGAAACGAAGAAGAAGCCCGAGUUGCCUCCUAGGAGUUCCGAGGAAAUGGCCAAGGAGUUCCUGGAAAACAACCUGCGCAUGUUCCGCAAGAACUUUGAGCCGGUGACCAUUGAAGUGCCCGAUUCGGAUGACGAGGAUGCACCGGUGCACUCAACAACCGUUUUUCGGGCAAAAAAUCCUUACGAUGCUAUUCCCCUGCCCUUUAUUAUUGGCACAAAAGAGUGGGAGGAACACAAAUACGCCGGACUCUAUGACAGCAAAGAAAAUAGUGAGGAUGAAAAGUCCGAAGAAUUCUCUUCCAGCUCAUCGGAUGAGGGGGAAUCCGUAUCGAACAAAAUCGCAAAGCCAGUGAAACAAUUUGAGGAGCCCCAUCUUUCUGACUCCUCAUCCUUGGCCUCGUUUGCCAGGGAGCCGGCAAUUGUGUCGCCAGUAAUUAAACCUGCUAUUCCGGUCGUAGAGGCUACGAUUAAGACACUACCGCGGCCGAUUAUAAGCAGUCAGCGGAACCCUCAUGAGAGGGACAUGUUCGCUGCACUCCGGCAAUCCCCGCCUAGCGAUGAUCCGCCGUCCACUUCAUCCUCGCCCACAUCUUCGCCAGCUUUUCGGAACCCCUCCAGUCGUAUACCAGUAGUGUCUACGGCCUCGCUGAGCUCCAGCAGCAGCAGUCCUGCCCAACAGCCUCCAAGGCUUUUUGACGAAGCUGUUUCCACGCAAACACCCAAGGAAACUGAGACCAAGCCAAGUCAAACUAAGCGCAAGCCCGUAAAUCUUUUUAACGACGAUGAGUUUAACUCGUUUAUGUCCGAAAUCGUUGACAAAGUGCAGAACAGGGGCACUAACGUGGUUGUCCCCGCAACAACGAUUUCUGUGAAGGAACCACCCAAAGAAAAAAAGCCUUUAGAACAAAAUUCAAAGCCUGAGAUUCCCAAGCAUAUAGUUGAGCAGUCUGUGCCAAAACGUGUUAAUCUGUUUGAUGAUAGUCCUCCAUCGAGUCCAGCUCCAAGGCCAGAGUCUUUGUUCGACAAUGGCAGCGCAACAGGUGCCAUCCCAAAACAGAGCCCCGAAAUCGUGACCAAAAGAGAUCAAGCCAACUCUCUUUUCGACGAUUCUCCUUCCCUGCCGAAGCAAAUUACGUCUAAGAAACCAUUAAAACAGUUGAAGAAAUCGCUGUUUGACGAUGAUUUGGAAGACGAUGACUUCUUGAGCUCGUUUACACCUAAAUUGAAAGCAGCAGAAAAAAAACCUCUUUCAAAACCAAAAUCGUCAUUAUUUGAUGAUGAUGAUUUGGACAUUGAUGAUAUAUUUAUCAAACCGUCAGCCCAGCCUAAAAAGGUCUCUGAAAAAGUAGCUGAAAAGACCAGUUUGUUUAAAUACGAUGACAACAAUGAUGUCAAUGAAUUCUUUGGCUCUAAAAAGGUAAUAGAAAUAAGAAAGGAGUCGCCAAAGGAUAUUUCGCCCGACAAAAAGAUUGAGCCACCGAUAGCUGAAAAGAAAAGUUUAUUUGAUGACAUCGAUGAUGAAGAUCUGUUUGGAACACCAAAGGCUAAGAGUAUAAUUACUAGUGAACCACAUAAUGGUCCAAAGACUUUUGAAAAUACUGAGAUUGAAAUAGAAACAGAAAAAGACAUUGAAAAAAAGAAAUCAAUGAAAGAGGAAAUUGUACCUAUUCUUCGAGAAUCCCCUCCCCCCAUUGAAAGUGUUAAGGAGCCAUCUGCUUCUAAACGGGAAAAAAGUAGCCAGAUAAAGGAUGAUUCUUUUGUACCUAUUAUUCCUAAAUCUACAGAUUUGUUCAAUGAAGAUUUAAGCGAUGGUGGAUCAUACUUAAGUCCUUCAAAUAGUAAAAUGCGCCCAAAAAGUGGAGCUGAAAGCAAAGAAUUUAUAAAACCAACGGAACCAAAUACUUUUUUGGAAAAAAUAGUCCCAGUCGAUCUUCCAGCAUCUCCUCCCAAGAUUACUGAUUUGUUCAACGAAAAUUCUAGCGAUGAUGAUACAUUUUUGAGUGCAUCUAAGACUAAGGAUAAGCCAAUUGGUGCUAUAACAACUAAUGAAAUUAAUAUGCCAGCCAAAGAACAGUUGGCGAGUGAGAUUAAGCCAGAAAAGUUACCCCACAAACUGCCAGAGAACAAAAAAGAUGAUACCGUGGAAAAAAAUGAGGAUGUUGUGCCUGAAGAGUUAAGUAAAUCUAAAAUAGAUGUGUCAGUUUCCGAAAGUCCACCUCCAGACGAUUAUCAAAGCAGUCAAGAUCCCAUUAUAACAAUGGUGGCCGAUGUCACAAAUAAGACACCUAAAGAUGAUUCCACCCCAAGGAAGCCUGCUGACUUGGCUGCUGCACAGCAAAUCAUGCAGAAUUACUCAAAUCUCUUUUCCGACGAGCCGCCGGAUGAUAGCGAGUUUUUUCAAACGCUUGGGAGCAGUGGUCUUAGCAGCUUAAGUGCCUCGAAGAUCUUUGACAGUGAGCAAGACUUCUUUGAACCCGCCUUGCCCCAAAUUCCGAAUGUGAACAAGUUAUCGCCAGUGACGCCCGGAGAUCAACCUUCUUCAUCAUCUGAUUAUGGUGCCAUGUGUUUAUUUAGUGACAUCCCGCCCGAAGAUGACGACCGUGAUGAUGUACAAGCACAAAAGCAAGCUGAAGCUCAGAAGGAGGAAUUUGCACCCACUACAACCCGAAUACACACAAUCUUCUACGAUGACUUCAGUGAAACAGCAAGGGCAGGAGCAGUGCAGCCAGCUGCCAAGCUUUUCAGUUUCGAUGACGAACCACCGGUAGUUGACGAACCUGAUCGCAGCAAAGCUAAGGAGAGCUCUGAGUUACCUACUCCUACUUCUCCUGUUAAAAAACUGAAAAUGCCCAACAUCAACAUUAAUGUGCAGGCCUUGCUUCCUGGCUCCGGAGGCCUACCAAAGCUGCUCAGAAAACCAGAGUCAUCUAGUUCCGAAAGAGAAGAGCCUCCAAACACCGCACAGUCCACGGAGUCCACACCGAGUUCAAGGGAGAACGCGAUACCAUCAGCAGAGGGUGGCCUGCAGCAUGUGAACAAAUUUCGCGCUCGAGGACCUGCUAAAAGACGUCCCUCGACCAGAAAGGGAAGAAAGGAAAAUUACGCCAAAAGCAUCUUGGAUGUUGAGCAGGGCCCAACUUUAACUUCGACUCAGGGAAGUUCCAUGGUAGAUACCCCUGAAGUAGAACCAUCUAAGUCUAGUGAUAUCAAGGCUCCUCAUUCUCAGUCAGUUGCCACACGGAUGUUUCCUGAUCCAGCACUUCCAAUCCUCAAUGAGCCGCCAGAGAUCCCGCCGCAGAUAGAAAAGUCAGCUUCGGCUAAACUAGGUGGAUCAAAUUUGGACAGCCCUGAGGAAGAUGAUUUCUUCUUUAAUUCUGUCAACAUACAGGCUGUUCCGCCUAAAAAGUGGGUUGGAGGAUAUAGGGGAUCUGAUGCACCCAAGUCAUAUCGGUCAUUUCUGGACAGUCCUGAAGAGGAUGAUCUCGUUUUUAGCCCUUUUGAAAAUAAGGAAUCCGAGAAAGAGCCCAUUUUCUUCGCACAAAAGGUUUCUAAUGACCCACCUGUGGAUCGGCAACAUUUGGAGAACACCUUGAGUCCGCCGAAGUUGGGAUCCUCUUUUUUGGACAGUCCUGAUGAAGAUGAUUCGCUAUUUAGUACAGUUAAAUCAGUGGCGCCCCGAAAAUCAUCUCCUGCUACAGCGGAAAGACAGGCAAAAGCGGCAACUGCUCAUUUAACACUCCCAAACACAAAAGAAAUGCCAAAGAAACAGAUUAAGCCCAAGUCACUGGCUGCACCGAAACUCUUUGACAGUGAUGAUGAUGAUGAUCUGUUUGCCACUGCUGCUGCACCAGCUUCUUUGCCUACUAUUCAAACUAAACAGCCCACCAAACCGGCGCCAGCUUCACUCUUCAGCAGCGAUGACGAUGAGGGGGAGGUGCCAGCUAAGAUUGCUCCAGUGAAGAAGGUGCCCGUAAAUACAAGCAAAAGCCUUUUUAGUGACGACGACGACGAUGAUGACCUGUUCGGAGGAAGCACUACAUCCAAAGGCAGCACCGCCAAAAAGACCAAACCCGUGGCCCGGCCUUCAAUCAAACCAGCUGCCAAUAAAGCCAGCACGGCAACUGCAACCAUUCCCUCUAAUUCAAACGAUAACCCAUUGUCGGAUCUUCUGGAUUUCGAGUAAAAACAUGAAUGCCUUUUAUUACAAUUAUGUACAGGUUUUGAUCGUUUGAUUAGACUGUCGAUCAGAGUAUUGUUAUCCGUUUUCUUAGCAACUACAUAUAAUAAACAAUUAAUGUCAAUGUCGAUUUGUGGUCGAUUCUUAAAGCUAAACUUCGGGAUUUGUUGUAAGAAGUCACGAUGAUUUAACCAGUUACUCUAUUACUAAGUUUAUACGCCAGCUAUUUGCAACAAAAAUUGUUUGUCAAAGAAAUUAUACUGUGAAAAAGUCUACAAUCACAUUUUUUGUUACUGUUUAUUUGCUAUUAAAAUUAUAUCUUACCGAUUUUACUGUGGAGUUUCUCA